AUGAAGAUGUUGCUUAAAUUACGGACUUUAAAAUCCUUGUGGACUCUGAAGUCUCCUUAUAGAAUUUUCCAUGAACAUCCCAGGUUGCUUGCCUCUGAUAUAUGUUCGCAGUAUGAGUCUGUCAGGCGGGGUGAACAGGAAAUGCCAAAGUACUUUAACUUUGCAAGUGAUGUACUGGACAAAUGGUCUGAGAUUGAAAAGGCUGGAAAGAGAUCGUCAAACCCUGCCUUUUGGUGGAUUAAUGGAAAAGGAGAAGAAGUGAAGUGGAGCUUUGAAGAGCUGGGGUUCCUGUCUCGAAAAGUGGCCAAUGUGCUGACUAAAGUAUGCGGGCUGCAAAAGGGGGACAGAAUUAUUGUGAUCCUGCCACGGGUCCCAGAAUGGUGGCUGGUGAACGUGGCUUGCAUGCGAGCAGGAAUUGUCUUUAUUCCAGGGAUAUCUCAGUUAACAGCCAAAGACAUAUUAUAUCGACUCCAGGCUUCAAAGGCCGCAUGCAUCAUCACCAAUGAUACACUGGCUCCUGCAGUAGACUCAGUGGCAUCUGAGUGCCAGUUUCUGAAAAACAGGCUAAUCGUGUCCAAAGUCAGUAGGGAGGGAUGGCUCAACUUCACAGAAUUGUACAAGAGCCAAUCUGCUGAUCAUUCCUGUGUCAAAACAAGGAUUGAAGACCCAGUGUGCAUCUUCUUUACCAGUGGGACCACAGGUUCUCCAAAGAUGGCUGAACAUUCCCAGGGUAGUCUUGGUUUCAGACCCCUUUUAAGUGAAAGGUACUGGUUGGAUUUGACUUCCUCAGACAUAAUAUGGAACACAUCAGACACAGGCUGGAUAGUAACUUCGCUGGCAUCUCUUUUUGAUCCCUGGGUUUUUGGAUCAUGUGUUUUUAUACACCUCCUCCCACAGAUUGAAUCAGCCACCAUCCUAAAUACUCUCUCUAGGCACCCUGUGGGCGCUCUGGUUGGGGCUCCAACUUUGUUUCGCAUGCUCGUGCAGAAUGAUCUCUCCAGCUACAAAUUCAUGAACCUGAAGUACUGCGUGAGUGGUGGGGAACCAGUCAACCCAGAAGUCAUGGAGCAGUGGAAAAGCAAGACAGGGCUGGACAUCCAUGAAAUAUAUGGCCAGACUGAAACGGGAAUCAUCUGCUCUGUUUUUAAAGGAAUGAAGAUUAAACCUGGAUCAAUGGGAAAAGCAGCUCCCUUUUAUGAUGUUCAGAUCAUAGACAAAGAUGCUAAUAUUCUGCCUCCAGGACAAGAAGGGGAGAUUGCUAUCAGAAGCAAACCUAUAAGACCACUUGGUUUUUUCUCUAAAUAUGUAGAUAACCCUAAGAAAACAGCAGCAACUGAACGUGGGGAUUUUUUUGUCACUGGGGACAGAGGGACUAUGGAUGAAGAUGGAUACUUUUGGUUUAUUGGAAGACAGGACGAUAUCAUCAUUUCUUCAGGGUAUCGCAUUGGGCCAUUUGAAGUAGAGAGUGCCCUGCUAGAGCACCCAGCAGUAGCAGAAACAGCUGUUGUCAGCAGCCCAGAUCCCCUCAGAGGAGAGGUUGUGAAAGCAUUUGUGGUCCUGUCCUCCACCUUUUCAUGUGGUGACCUGGAUAGCUUAGCCCAUGAGUUACAGGAGCAUGUCAAGAAAACUACUGCUCCCUACAAGUAUCCAAGAAAGAUGGAAUUUGUCCAACAACUGCCAAAGACAGUCACUGGGAAGAUCAAGAGGAGUGAGCUGAGGAACAAAGAGUGGGGACGGAUGUAACAUUGUUUGGAAGCUUACAGUUUCUUCCAUUCAGUUAACACUGUGUAAAUUUCUCUGGUAUAACUGCCCUCCUUAUCUGUUUUUUUUUUAAAGCUUGAGUAUCUAAAAUCACAGAUAAAGCCAAGAUGUAACGUUCAAGUCUGCUUGCAAAGCCUCUAAUGUCA